GAGGAGACAAUUCAAGUCCAUACUCCAUUUGAGCAGAGGAGUUAAUUCUUGAUCCCAAUUAAAGUUGUGGAGAGGAUUCAAUUCUUGAAGCCCCUUGUUUGAGCAGAAACAUCGAUUGGAAUUGUACCCUUCUUCGAUCGUGCAGUUCUCGGAGACGGUUAGUCCCGCCAAAAGACGGUUAUUCAACCUGCAAAUUCCAGUAUCAUCUUCUUCAACCAAACGCCACAUAAACUCGCAAUCCGUUAAAUUUCCCAAUAUUUCUUCUUCAACCGAAUACAGAGAGAUUUCACUGAAGAAAAGAAAUCCCAAAUGGAGUAUCGCCGUUACAGUUUCUUGAACAUUUUUGCCUUCGCCGUGCCCCUUUUCUGCCUCCUCGUCACAUGGGCGGCGUCCACCACCACAACCGCCGUGCAACCAUCUCAUCCGCCGUCCUCUGUCCAGGCAGCUGCCGAAGUCCUCCGCGCACGUGGCUAUUCGCUCGUCGCUUCCACCCUCUCCGUCAUGACAGCCGGUAACGCCAACUUCUCCGGCACCAUCAUGGCCCCGCCGGAUUUCGCGUUCUCCUUCGCAAUCUCCAAGUUCAUCUCCCCCAACCGCCGAUUGCCUCACCGCCCCUCCGCUGCUAUUUUGUUGUACCACACGCUCCGGCAGCCGCUCGAGUGGCGCAAUCUCUCGUCGCUGGCGGACGGGAACCAGAUCCCGACGCUCUUCAACGGCAAUUGCCUCCUCUUCAAGACCUCAAACGGGGACGUCUCGAUUUCAGCUUCCAGGAAAGAAUUCUUCGCCGUAAGAAUCAGACAGCCGGAUAUGUACGCCGACGACCGCCUCGUCGUACACGGAAUCGACGGUGUACUGGACCCCACGUCGGCUUCGAAAUGCUCUGUCUCAACUUAUCGUCCACCCCAGGUGGCUCGUGACCCACCGCGGGUGGAUCGGAAGUUUCUCGAUCACGCCGUUAGAGCUCUCCGGCGAAGGGGAUUCGCCGUCGUAGCGGCGGCCUUGUCGAUCCGGCGGUCGGAGAUGUUAAGAUUGGACGCCGUUUCGCUGUUCGCGCCGUCCGAUCGGGUGCUGUUCUCGAAUCAGGGUGGAUUCGGAUUCGAUUUCCGAAGCCACGUUUUGCCGCAACGACACCGUUUCGAGGAUCUGGCUAGGUACCCGUCAAAAAUCUCGAGUUUUCCGACUCUGGCGGCGAACAGGCAGCUGACGGUGGAUUCCGUCGACGGCUCCGUGACUGUCAACGGCGUCAGAGUCAACAGCACGGAGGUGUAUCAGAACUGGUGGAUCGUUGUCUUCUCUGUUUCGGAGCCUUUAGACGCGGCCCUCCCCUGCGGCGGCGGGAUUCAAUUCCCGGCCCCGAUCCGACCGUCGGUCCACGCGCCGGCGAUUUAUGAGUUUCCCAGUGUCGAUCCUCCUUCUCCGAGCUCUACCGUUGACGUCGACGGAUCUCAGUGUCGGAUUUCUGAUUUCCCCGGCGAGAUCGAAGGCGGAGACCUCCUCUGCCCUGUUGCCGCCGGCAGGAAGUUGAUGGAAGGAGGAUCAUCUGGUCGUGAAGACGUGGCGCAAUCUGGACCGCCGGAUAAUGGAUCGCUCCCGUUGGCUUCAGAUGUCAUUCCACCCAACGGUCACGAGAACGGUCAACAUCCCGUUGACGGCGGAGAGGGAGAUAGAGAUCAAGUGCAUGCGGCUCCACUGAAGUACCCGGGGAACAUAGCCGAUGAUUUGUUCUUCUAUUCCUAGCUUAGUUCCCGCCCGCCAGGUGGCGCAUUGCUAAUUGCUAGUUGUACCAAUUGUUUGUUAGGCCGAACUUGUACAUAUUUUUGGCAACAAUUGAAGCAUCUAUGAACUUUUUUUUGAUUUGUUGUUGUUGUUGAUAGAGUUAAGUACUUAAAAGUUUGACAUUUGUCGUCGUACCCCAAUUAAUCAUGAUACCACUUUAUUAAAAUAUGAUAGUAUCAUUUUAUUUGGAUUAAUUUCUAUAUUCAAUAACUAUGUAUUUUUUAAAUUAAUCCUUAAAAUUAACUACUCCGUAAUUUUCAAAAUGGUACUUGCUAAUUGAGAAUAAUGCUCAGUCUAAUUC